GUGAGACAAAGAUGGCUGACCGUUACUUCCCAAACGAAAUGCCAAAAUUUGUACCUGAAACCACGGUGGACGAAGGAACCAGUGAUGGAGGUAGAGACUCACUUAAGCUGCUUUAUCUUCCCUACAGAACACUUUCGGAGAGGCUUAAAAGAUCAGCCUUGGAGCUAAAAGAAACGGUGAUGAAGGAGACAUGGGUAUUGAGAAGAAAAGUUGUGCGAGAUUACAGUCUUUACACUGGGGAUCUUGGAACAGCUUAUUUGUUGUUUAAGGCUUAUCAGAUGACCAAGAAUGAAGGGGAUCUUAAAGUGUGCUCUGAGAUCGUUAGGGCUUGUGAUUCUGCUUCUAGAGACUCUGGACGUGUGACAUUCAUAUGCGGACGAGCUGGUGUCUAUGCUCUUGGUGCUGUCGUAGCAAAACAUUCUGGUGAUGAAAGGCUAUUGUAUCAUUACUUUACCGAAUUUAAAGAGAUCAAGCUUCCAAGUGAUCUGCCUAAUGAGUUAUUAUAUGGGCGGGUAGGCUUCUUAUGGGCCUGCUUAUAUUUGAAUAAGCAUAUUGAUCAAGGAACAAUCUCUUCAAGAAGGAUGAGAGCAGUUGUGGAUGAAAUUAUUAAGGAAGGUAGACGAUUAGCAAACAAGGGAAGAUGUCCAUUGAUGUAUGAAUGGCAUGGGAAGAAAUACUGGGGUGCUGCCCAUGGACUGGCAGGCAUUAUGCAUGUCCUAAUGCAUAUGGAACUGAAACCAGAUGAGGCAGAGGCUGUCAAGGAUACCCUACGCUACAUGAUUAAAAAUCGUUUUCCAAGUGGUAACUAUCCUUCAAGUGAAGACAGCGAAUCUGACCGUCUUGUGCAUUGGUGUCAUGGUGCACCUGGUGUUGCCCUUACCCUUGUAAAAGCAGCUGUGGUUUUCGGAGAUGGGGAGUUUUUGCAAGCAGCUGUUGAUGCAGGUGAAGUGGUAUGGAACAGGGGGCUGCUUAAGCGAGUUGGUAUGUGUCAUGGCAUCAGCGGCAACACCUACGUUUUCCUCUCACUCUACCGAUUAACUGGUAAAGUGGAGUAUCUAUAUAGGGCAAAAGCAUUUGCUUCCUUUCUAUUUGAUAGAGCACACAAACUUAUAUCAGAGGGGAAGAUGCAUGGAGGUGAUCGCCCAUAUUCGCUGUUUGAGGGUGUUGGAGCAAUGGCUUAUCUUUUUCUAGACAUGGUUGAACCAUCUGCGGCAAGGUUUCCUGCUUAUGAACUUUGAUUGUUUCACAUGUAAUGAUCUAGAAAACAUGAUCACCUCUGCUACAAACAUUAGCACUUUUCUGUAAAUGCGGCAAUGUUCCAAUCCUUUAUCUA